UGCAAGAAAAACACCACUCUUAACACACAGCCAUGGCUAGUACUGCUAGCAUGAAGCCUGUUCUUCUGUCCACCCUCCUGGUCCUAACCAUUGGCCUUACCCUAAACCUUCCGGCCUCCGGUGCCGGAGAAGGCGAUGAGCAGUUCCUCUACACCGGCUUCACCGGUCACAACAUCAUCCUUGAUGGGGCGGCUACGAUCACCCCGGGUGGCCUCAUCGAGCUGACCAACGAGACGUUCAGGAUCAAGGGCCACGCCUUCCACCCUGCGCCGAUGAGCUUCCGCCGGUCUCCCAAUGGCACGGUGCAAUCCUUUUCCGUCUCCUUCGUGUUUGGUAUCAUGUCUUCGUUCGGCGACAUAAGGGGCCAUGGCUUUACCUUCUUCAUCGCCCCCAGUACAGACUUAUCUGCAGCUUACUCAAUCCAGUUCCUGGGUCUUUUCAACGAUAAGAACAAUGGCAGCACGAGCAACCACAUCUUCGCGAUCGAGCUUGACACCAUCCAGAACACCGAGUUCAGCGACAUCGACAACAACCAUGUCGGUAUCGAUGUCAACAGCCUCAACUCUGUGAAUUCUUCCCCUGCCGGCUUCUACAACGAUAGUAAUAGUAGCAUGCUCACAAAACUGCCACUGAUUGGAGGUGGACCGUUGCAGAUUUGGGUGGACUAUGAUAUGAAUUCCACUGAAAUCAAUGUGACCUUAGCUCCUGUAGGUAUUCCGAAACCUGUGAAACCGCUGCUCUCAACAACCUAUGAUCUCUCAACUGUGAUAACAGAACAAGCAUACCUUGGAUUCUCAUCCUCAACAGGCUUAAGCACUGGUCAUCACUAUGUGCUUGGCUGGAGCUCUGCCAUCAAUGGUGCCGCUCCAACCAUAGACCCCACCAAACUACCCAAACUACCUUAUCUUGGUCCAAAACCACAAUCCACACUCUUAGUGAUCCUUUUGCCAAUAGCUUCCGCGGUGUUUGUGUUAGCUGUUGGCAUUGGGGUCGUUCUAAUGGUGAGGAGACAUUUUAGGUACAAGGAGGUCCGUGAAGAUUGGGAGGUUGAAUAUGGUCCACACCGGUUUUCUUAUAAGGAUUUGUACCGUGCCACCAAAGGAUUUAAGGAUAAGUAUUUGAUAGGUGUAGGCGGGUUUGGAAGUGUAUACAAGGGGGUGCUCCCAGGAUCUAAAUUGGAGGUUGCUGUAAAGAGGGUGUCAUACGACUCGAAGCAGGGUGUGAAGGAAUUCGUCGCCGAGGUUGUAAGCAUUGGCCAUCUUCAACACCGUAAUGUUGUGCAAUUACUUGGGUAUUGCAGGAGAAAAGGUGAGCUCCUUCUGGUGUAUGACUACAUGGCAAAUGGAAGUCUUGAUAAGCACUUGUAUGGUCAAGAGGGCAAUGCCACUUUAGAUUGGGGGCAAAGGUUCCGAAUUAUCAAAGAGAUUGCACUAGGUUUGCUCUACCUCCAUGAGGAAUGGGAUAGAGUUGUCAUCCAUCGGGAUGUCAAGGCAAGCAACGUGCUUCUUGACAAAGAGAUGAAUGGACGACUAGGAGAUUUCGGUCUCGCAAGGUUGUAUGACCAUGGCACCGACCCACAAACCACACAUGUUGUUGGCACAAUAGGAUACCUAGCUCCAGAGCUGGUCCACAGGGGCAAGGCAACCCCACUUACUGAUGUAUUUUCAUUUGGCGUCCUCAUUCUUGAGGUUACCUGUGGACAGAAGCCAAUCAAGGAAGACCCAGAAGGCAAUCAGCUAGUCUUGACUGAUUGGGUUCUUCACAAUUGGCAUAAAGAAUCCCUUUUAGAUGCAGUGGAUACCAAGCUCCAAGGCAACUACAAUAUCAGCGAGGCACGCCUCGCCCUGAAGCUAGGGUUGUUGUGCUCUCACCCGUUUCCGAAUGCAAGGCCUAACAUGCGGCAAGUUAUGCAGUAUCUCGAUGGCGAUGUGACGUUCCCGGAGCUGCUGCCGGCACACUUCAGCUUUGGCAUGUUGUCCUUGAUGCAGAAUGAAGGCCAGCUGGUUGACUCCAAGGAUUUCUCAGGUGCGCAAACCUCACAAUACUUGGGUCUCCUCAACAAAACAAGCGACGGCAAAGCAAGCAACCACAUAUUUGCAGUCGAGCUUGAUAGUAGCCAAAAUACCGAGUUUCAAGACAUCGAUGACAACCACGUUGGCAUUGACAUCAAUAAUCUCACCUCGGUUCGAGCCAAACCAGCUGGCUUCUAUGAUGACAAGAGUGGUGCCAUGAAGAGCUUGUCCCUCGUUAGCCGCGAGGAAAUGCAAGUGUGGGUGGAUUAUGAUGGAGAGACCACACAGAUCAGUGUGACCAUGGCUCCCCUCAAUGUAGCAAAACCAUCGAGACCCCUGGUCUCAGCUACCUACAAUCUAUCAACAGUGCUAGAAGAUCCAUCCUAUGUCGGCUUCUCGGCUUCAACUGGUCCAAUCAAUUCACUCUACUGUGUGCUUGGCUGGAGCUUGGGUAUAAACCGUCCUGCUCCAGCCAUUGACACCAAGAGGUUGCCAAAGCUACCUCGCACUGGCCCGAAACCUCGGUCCAAAGUGCUGGAGAUCGUCCUACCAAUAGCCACUGCAACAUUCAUCUUUCUCGUUGGAACAACUAUUAUCCUACUGGUGCGGAGACGAAUGAGGUAUGCAGAGCUACAUGAAGAUUGGGAGGAUGAGUUUGGGCCACAUCGCUUCUCGUACAAGGAUUUAUUCCGCGCGACAGAAGGAUUUCAUAACAAGAAUCUACUCGGCCAUGGAGGAUUUGGGAAGGUGUACAAAGGUGUGCUUCCAGUCUCAAAACUGGAGGUGGCAGUGAAGAGGGUAUCACACGAGUCAAAGCAAGGAAUAAAGGAGUUUAUUGCUGAGAUUGUCAGUAUAGGCCGUCUCCGCCAUCGUAACAUCGUCCAGUUACUCGGAUAUUGUAGGAGAAAAGGUGAACUCCUAUUGGUAUAUGAUUAUAUGUCAAAUGGUAGUCUUGACCAGUAUUUAUAUGCUGAAGCGGAUAAACCCACUCUGGAUUGGGUUCAGAGGUUUGAAAUCAUCAGAGGUGUUGCAUCUGGCUUAUUCUACCUCCAUGAGAGGUGGGAGAAAGUUGUUAUCCACCGAGACAUCAAGGCAAGCAAUGUGCUGCUGGAUAGUGAAAUGAAUGGACGUCUAGGUGACUUCGGCCUUGCAAGGUUGUAUGACCAUGGCACUGAUCCACAAACAACCCGCGUGGUUGGCACCAUGGGAUAUUUUGCUCCAGAACUGGCACGCACUGGUAAGGCAACACCCCUGACUGACGUGUAUGCAUUUGGCAUUUUCCUUAUUGAGGUAACCUGCGGACGAAGGCCUAUUGACAAUCAGGCGAAGGAUAGUUCAGAGAUACUAGUUGAUUGGGUUGUGGAGCAUUGGCAUAAAGGAUCACUAGCAAAUACGCUGGACAGGAGGCUACAGGGCAACUAUGACGCUGAUGAGGUAUGUCUGGUGUUAAAGCUAGGAUUGUUGUGCGCACAUCCAGUUUUCAAUGCGAGGCCCAGUAUGCGGCAAGUCAUGCAAUACCUCGAUGGCGAGACACCACUCCCGGAGUUGAUGCCCACAAACUUAAGUUAUAGCAUGUUGGCAGUAAUGCAGAAUGAAGGUUUCAGCCAAUACGCAUCAUUGGCCAGCACAAGUGGAACCCAAGGAAUGACGUCCAUCAUCUCAAGCGGAAGAUAAUUGACAGAUAGACGGGACACCAAGGCCAGACGAACAUUUUGUAGAUAGUAGUACUCUAGUAGGCCUGUUAAAAUAAUGGAAGCCUAAUGUACCACUUAGCUAUACUAUAGCAAAUAUGUAAUUCAAGGGUUCUAAACAAAAAAACUCUAGUAUCACUAAUUAGAUCUGCUAUAUCUCUGUUUCAUCUCAGUUCUUUGUUUGAACAGAUAUACUUUAUAUGCAAGGGUUUUGCUGUUAGAUCUUGUACAGAGUUUAGAGUUUCUAAUUGUUUGAAAUUCA